GCAGGUCAGUUGAGACUCAGUUUCCUAAUAUUUUAAUAGAAAUUUUAAUACCUAUCUUGAUCACAUCAUAGGGAAUUUAGGAGAACGAUUCAAAGAAUGGACAUGAAAGAAACUUGAAAAUUACAAACGGCUGCACAGAGGAUUAUUACCAUGGUAAAGUUCAUCAUCAACAUUGUCACCACUGUCGUCAUCAUCUUUACCACAUCGAUAUAUUGAUUCCAAUAUAUAGCAACUGCCGUCUGAAGUAGAAAAGAUGUCAGAGGAUUUGAGCAGUUUUAGCAAAAGCUGGAGUGUUAUUGACCAGAGGCCAGGACAGCGUGUGGGAGAACGUGAAGAGAAUGGAAGGGCUUCAGAGGAGCAGAUACGGGACUAUGGCUGAAGGUGAGAUAGAACAUAAGCUGUUUGCAACCUCGUCCUCAUUGCGGAUCAUCCUGGUGGGCAAAACAGGCAGUGGGAAGAGCGCCACCGGGAACAGCGUCCUCUGCCAGCCAGUGUUUGAGUCCAGGCUGGCGGCCCAGUCGGUGACCAGGAAGUGUCAGGGCGCAACGGGCACGUGGGAUGGGAGGAGCGUCCUGGUGGUGGACACGCCCCCCAUGUUUGAGGCGAGGGCCCAGGACCAAGAGGCGCACGAGAACAUCGGGGAGUGCUACCUGCUCUCGGCCCCAGGGCCUCACGUGCUGCUGCUGGUGACCCAGCUGGGGCGCUUCACAGAGCAGGACGUGGUGGCCGUGACCAGGGUGAAGGAGGUCUUUGGGGCGAGAGCCCUGAGACACACGGUCAUCCUCUUCACCCACAAGGAGGACUUAGCGGACGGAUCCUUGCAUGACUACGUAGCAAACACAGACAACGUCAGGCUGAGGGCCCUGGUCCGGGAGUGCGGGCACAGGUACUGCGCCUUCAGCAACCAGGCCUCCGGGGACGAGCAGAGGAAGCAGCUGGCCGAGCUGAUGGCCGUGGUCGAGGGGCUGGAGAGGGAGCUCCAGGGCGCCUACCUCAGCAACGACCUCUUCUUUGAUGCACAGCGGCUCCAGCAGGGCGGGGGCGACCCCCAUGGAGAAGGUCACGUGCGCUACCUGGCCAAGGUGCGGUCGCAUAUUGCAAAGCAAAAGCAAGACCUGAGAGAGGCCCAGAGAAACCGCGCCUUCAAGGCGCUCCUGCGAGUCAAACACUGGAUCGUUUCUCACAUCAGAAUAUUUGCUGUUUUUGUUAUAUGCUUUUUGAGUUUGCUUGCCAUUUUAAUUAGCUUGUGUAGCACUCGCGAAUGCUGAGCAUUUUCAGAUGAUACCUGCCAUCAGCUUCCAUUUUUUCAGAGUCAGUAUCUUUGUCUAUGUUGAUAAGGAACUUUAUUUGCUUUUCGUGUAGUUUCACUUUCAAUUUCCCUUCCUUGCACCAGACACACCAUCCAUUUUCUUCAGUUGCUUUAUAUUUUCUAUCCACCUGACCCAUCCAUAGAUCAGUCCAGAACAGGCUGUUGUCCAAUGUCUGGAAACAGUUCUUUUAUGCAGGCAUACCUCGGAAACAUCGCAGGUUUGGUUCCAGACCACCACAACGAAGUGACUAUCAAAAGUAUCACACCAAGUUCUUGGUUUCCCCGUGCACAUAAAAGUUAUGUUUAUGCUACACUGUAGUCUAUUUAGGGUGCAGUAGCAUUUUGUCCAAAAAACAACGUAUAUACCUGAGUCUAAAAUUACUUUACUGCUAACCAUCAUCUGAGCCUUCAGUGAGUCAUAAUCUUUUUGCUGGUGGAGGGUCUUCCUCCAUGGUGACGGCUGCUGACGUUUGGUGCAGCUGUGACAAUUCCUUAAGAUAAGACAGCAGUGGAGUUUGCCACAUCAAUUGACUCUUCCUUUCACAAAUGAUUUCUCUGUUGCACACAAUGCCAUCUGAUAGCAUUUUACCCACCGUAGAACUUCUUUCUACGAAUGGGUAGAAAGAAGAAUUGGAAUCAGUCCUCUCAAGCUCUGCUGUUGCUUUAUCAAUUAAAUUUACGUAAUAUUCUAAAUCCUUUGUUGUCACUUCAACAAGGUUCACAGCACCUUCACCAGGAGUAGAUUCCAUCUCAAGAAACCUCUGUCUUUGCUCAUUCAUAAGAAGCAACUCCUUAUCUGUUAAAGUUUUAUCAUGGGGUUACAGCAAUUCAAUCACAUCUUCAGUCUCCACUUCUAAUUCUAGUUCUCUUGCUGUUUCCACCACAUCUGCAGUUACUUCUCCACUAAAGUGUUGAGCCCCUCAGAGUCGCCCAUGAGGUUUGGAAUCAGCUUCUUCCAAACUCUUGUUAAUAUUGAUGUUUUGACAUCUUCCCAUGAAUCAUGAAUAGUCUUAAGGGCUUCUAGAAUGGUGAGUCCUUUCCAGAAGUUUUUCAAUUAACUUUGCCCAGAUCCAUCAAAGGAAUCACUAUCGAUGGCAGCUAUAGCUUUACGAAGUGUAUUUCCUAAAUAAUAAUACUUGAAAGUCAAAAUUACUCCUUGAUCCAUGGGCUACAGAAUGGAUGAAAUCUCAAACUGCUUAGAACUGCUUUUACGGCAUCCCAUAGGUUUUGGGUCAUUGUGUUGUCGUUGUCAUUUGUUUCUAUGUAUUUCUUUAUUUCUUCUUUGAUUUCUUCAGUGAUCUCUUGCUUAUUUAAUAGCGCGCUGUUUAGCCUCCAUGUAUGUAUGGCUUUUACAGCUUUUUUCCUGUAAUUGCUUUCCAGUCUCAUAAUAUUGUGGUCAGAAAAGAUGCUUGAUAUGAUUUCAAUUUUCUUAAACUUUCCAAGCCUUGAUUUGUGACCCAAGAUGUGAUCUAUGCUGGAGAAAGUUCCACGUGCACUUGAGGAGAAAGUGUAUUUUGCCACUUUGGGGUGGAAUGUUCUAUAAAUAUCAAUUAAAUCUAUCCGGUCUGUUGUGUCAUUUAAAGCUUGUGUUUCCUUAUUUAUUUUCAUUUUGGAUGAUCUGUCCAUGGGUGUAAGUGGGGUGUUAAAGUCCCCUGCUAUUAUUGUGUUACUGUCGAUUUCCCCUUUCAUGGUUGUUAGCAUUUGCCUUGUGUAUUGAGGUGUUCCUCUGUUGGGUGCAUAAACAUUUAUAAUUGUUAUAUCUUCUUCUUGGAUUGAUCCCUUGAUCAUUAUGUAGUGUCCUUCUUAAUCUCUUGUAACAGUCUUUAUUUUAAAGUCUUUUUUAUCUGAUACAAAUAUUGCUACUCCAGCUUUCUUUUGAUUUCCAUUCGCAUGGAAUAUCUUUUUCCAUCCCUUCACUUUCAGUCUGUAUGUGUCCUUAGGUCUGAAGUGGGUCUCUUGUAGACAG